AUGAAAAUACAGCCAUUGAAAGGCGAGGGAGUAUUGUCCUGCCUGAGCUUGCACGGUGUUCAACCUGGAGUUUGUCUGGUGAGUAAUUGCACUCGAAAAUCAGCCCUUUUGAAUCGUAGGAAGGAACGGGGAUCGAGUCUAUUCAUCCUCUGGGUGUAUCAGCUAUCCCCGGUUCAAGUGGGAGCAUUGACAACGAAUAUCGUACAACCCGAUACUAUAAAACCGGGGAAAUCCUGUAUUGGGGAUAUAGCCUGUGGAAUAAUAUCCAUUUCACACCUUAUUUCCCGUAGAUCCCUUUUGCCAAACCGGGAUCUGACAUUCGGCUAA